UCCGAGCGAAUCGGACGCGUUUUCGUCGCGAGUUUUACCGCUGCUGAGUGAAAUAUCAACAAUAAGUAUAAAUGCCGCGAGUAUUUAAUUUAUGUGAUAAACGAAUGUUUUAUUGAUUUAACGAGUCGCGUCUUUCCAAAAUUGAAUGAAUUCGAGUGUUUCGGAUCGCGAAUAUCAAAGAAAAAGGAUUUGUGUAUACCGAAAAGGCUAAACAACAAGCUUUUCAAAGAAAUUUGCAUUUUCAUCUUGCGCAAAAGGCAAACACACAAAAAAUGCUGACACCGAUGAGGCCAGCGGUGGGUUGAUUGGCUGACAACCACGACGACGUCCACGGGCAAGAAAGAAAAAACACAACCAGACACGCUUCAGUGCCAUCGAGUGGGAGGAAGUGGAAGUGGUAGUGGAAUUGGCGGGGAAGGAGCAGCAUCACCUGGCUCAACUUGAAUACGAAAAAAGCUGAACGAAAAAUCGAAAGAAAAAAAACCGACACUACAAACAUUCCGCCACAAUGACAAAUGUUUGGAGCGGAGCCAGGCUUUAGGUGUUGAGCAGGUUUAAUCAAACAACAAAGGAAAAGCCGAGGAGGAAGCCAGCGAGGAGGAAGGACACCGAGCACCGAGCAACACCUGAAUUGGCCAAGAGAAAGUUCCACCAUGGAGAAACCGAUGCACCAUGCACCCGCUCCGGCUGCCGUGGGUAAGGUGAGCCAGAUAGCCAACAUCUUCCAGCGGAAACCCAUUGAGAUCCAGCCGGUGGAACAGCUGACUGCCGUGGCUGCCGCUCACGCCGCUGCCGCCGCCGCUGCAGCUGCCCACCACGCCCAAGCCGCCCAAGGAGCUCCGGCUGUGCGAACGGAAUCCCACUCGGCCAGAUUCAAUAACGCCCGAGCUCUAUUCGAGAAACUGGGUGUGGAGUCCAACUCGAAUGUGAGUUCCCGACUGCUGAGAAGUGGUUCGCGGGAGGAUAAUCUAUGUGACGGCUCUGAUCGCUCUUCCUCACGCUCCUCGGAUCGCUCGCUUUCGCCGCCCAAGCGAAGGACUCCGUUUCCCUCGGGCGUUUCACUCGUCCACAAUAACAACAAUGCUGCCAUCGUGGCCCAGAAUGGCAUUCCUCCCGAGCAACGUUUAAGCAACAGCAAGUUUAUUGUGGAACCAGCGGCGCAAGUUGUACCCACAUCGGUGGUGAAGUACCCGCAGCACAAUAUAUCCCGCAUUAAAUCGGAGGAGGUAUCACCGAUUCCACCACCAGCCAGUGGUUCAGUGAGUGCUCUGUUUGCCAGUUCAGGCGGGGAUAAGCCGGAGAAGCCGGAGCGAAAGUUCAACUCCCGGGAGCUGAUCGAGAAGCAGAAGAAGUGGACUUCUCAUUUCACCAAAACCAAAACAACUCGGACGCACAGCGAUCUAAAUCGCUGCGAUAUCAUACGUACAGUGCCCGGAACCGGGCUGAUCAUGGAUUGCGAAAAAGUGUCCAAGCCAGCAAUGGAACCGCCACAACCUCCGCCAAAUGUCAGUCCCAAUCCGCCGAUGCGAACGCAGGCUCCGCCGGAGAUCAAGCCAAGGAGCGGGAAGAUCGGCAGUCCGGUUAAGUCGCCGCCAUUACCGCCCAUUCCGGCGGUGAAGCCAAAGAACGUGAGUCCGGUGAAGUUUAAUCCGGUGCGUCAGUCGCCCACCAAGACGGCGGAGAAUUCUCCGCCUCCACCUCCGGCGAAGUCGGCAGCUGUGCUCCAGAGAUCCCUAAUGCAAGAGCAGCAGCAGGAGUUGCUGAGGAAUGCGGGCGAUCAGGGUGUGGCACCCAUUCCGCCGGAGAAGCCACGCAAAAAGUCCGUAGAUCUCAUCGAGGAUAUGCAACCCAUGACCAACUGCUCCACGCCCUCCUCCUGCGCCUCGCCCACCAGCUCGUACAUUAUUCAGCCGGCCAAGAGGGGAUCUCUGGAUGGUGGCGCUGGAAACGGACAGUAUCCAGGCAAUGGCCUCAGUGGCAGCACCAAUUCGGCAACCUCGGGCUCACCGGUGGCCAGUGCCUCCUCGGGACCCUCGUCACCAGUUCACACUGAGGAUGAAAAGCAGGAGAACGAGUCCACGGAGAAGUCGGAGAUGGAAUACUAUCAUGGUAGCAACUACAACAGUGUUCCCAGGCGGCGACGCAGCGAAAAUGAAGGUCGCAAAUCUGUGGACGAAACUCCGGCCUUGGCCAACAGUUCCCAGCAGCAGCAGCAACAUUCCAUACCGGGCUCCGCCUCCGGAUCUCCCCAGCGAGUGGCCAACAAGCGCAGCAGCAUCACGGUCAACAUGCCAGCCGCCGGUCUUGGUCAGCGUCCGCCGAGCAUCAUAUCGACGACCAGCCAGGAUGAGGGUGGCUUCAAUGAGUCCACGCCGGAGCUGAAGGCCAAGCUGCAGCCUGCCUACGAUCAGCGGGAGGCGGAGGAGCAGCCGCACAGCCUGAACUACGUGGAUGUGGGCUAUCGCCUCAACCCAGAUGGCAGCGAGAGUCGCGAGGUCUACGGAUCGGAGGCGGAACUCUAUGACACGGCCAAGGUGAGCGACAUGCAGCGCAAGUUUCAUGGCGCCAAUGGUUUUGGCCAGGAGUCGAGCACGGUGUAUGCCAUUAUCAAGACGGAUGUGCCGGAAUCCCAGCCAGUGGCGCCCUCGCGAGCGGUUCACCUGCAGUCGCCCACAUCCUCGAGCGUUGAGGGAUCUCCCCUGCAUCGUGGCGUCUACAAUUCCCCACCCGUGGGAGUGGUUUCACCCAUAAGACGACGCAGCAGCAACAACCAGGAUCAGAGUGUGGGCGGAGGAGGCAGUGCCAAGUCUACGCCUCCUUGUUCGCCCGCCCGUGCGGCCCUGAUCAAGGGCAUUGCCCCCAUAGCCUCCAUCGAUGCGCACGAAGAGGAGGAACUGGAUCUCGAGGAGGAGGACGAGCACAUGGCCAUCCAGCGGGACGAGGAGGAGGAGGAAGAGGCACCUGUCCUUCCCGAACGACGAACAUUGGCUCAGGGUUCCCUAGAGCUGCAGGACUUGGAGUAUGCGGAUACCAGCGCCGGCGAGGAUGAGGAAGACAUCAUCAAGGUCGACGAUUUACUGAAUGUGGAACUAAUCGACGAUUUCGUCGAUGAGGUGAUCGAGGUCCAUGUGAACCACAGUGUGGCAGUUGCUCCUCCCACUCAAGCUGUUCCUCCGGCUGCGGCGAUUCCACGGGAGGAUAGCCUACCAGAUGACAUGACCGCCGCCGAAGCCGAACGAUUGUUGAGCUCUAGCAUUUUGGAAAACAAAAUCAGGCAACAGUCGCUGCUGUCGGACGAACAGGCUAAGGAAGUCGAGCAAAUACUCAACGCCGCCCCCAGCGUGGGCGUGGCAGUUGCUGCCGUUGUUGCCACAGCAACAUCGCCGACCAGCAUCAAGAAUCUCAUUGAGGAUUUGCCCGGGCAAUCAUCAGCAUCUGCCGCUGCCGCUGCCACUGCCACUGCCAACGGGGAGCAGGACAUUCAAAUUGCAGCUGUGCCAGCGAUUGUCGAGGAGGACGAGGACGACGAGGAGGAGGAGCAGCAGGAGGAGUUCCAGGAAGAGGACGAGGAGGAGGACCACGCCAGGGCCGAGUUCGAUGUGAAUGGCGACGGCGAGGCUGACGGCGAUUCCGAUGACGUUGAUGCCGUGGACAUUGUGGGCUAUGGACAUGCCGCCAUCGCACUGAAUGCCACCUUUGUCAAGGCCGAUAGCACAGAGACAGAGACCACCACCACCACCCCCUCUACGGCCACCACAGCCACCACUCGCCACGACGACGACGAGCCCGAGUGGCUACGGGAUGUCCUUGAGGCACCCAAGCGCAGUCUAGAGAAUCUGCUUAUCACCUCCGCUACUUCGUCCCGAGGACCUGGUCAGCGGGAAGAGCUGGAAAACGGCUACGAUCUACAAGAUAAACAUUCCGAUCUGAAUCACACAUACGUGGCUGGUGGAGAAUCGCUGCACGAGUCGAUAGUUUCCGUGGAGUCCACCCAAUCGGAUGCCACACUCAAUCAGACCACGACCAUUGACGACAGCAUCAUAUCCAGCAAGCACAAUUCCACCUACUCCCUGGCGGAUGCCGAACAGGCCACCAAUUCGACGGUGUUAAGCACUGGGGUCACCGAGCUAGACGACAGUCAGUACUAUAUACCAGAAUAUCCGCCUGUGAGGAGCAAGGAGGUACUUGUAGAGGCUGGAGUGCACUACUUCGAGGAUGGCAACUUCUGGAUGGAAGUGCCUGGUCUCCUAGACUUUGACGACGACGACUGCUCUUAUCCGCCCAUCACUGUGCGCAAGAAUCCCAAAGUUCGCUUCAGUUCCGGACCCAUUCACGUGUACUCCACCUUCUCCGUCAACGACUACGAUCGCCGGAACGAAGAUGUCGAUCCUGUGGCCGCUUCGGCGGAAUACGAGCUCGAAAAGCGCGUGGAGAAGAUGCACGUCUUCCCCGUGGAAUUGAUGAAGGGUCCCGAGGGUCUGGGUCUCAGUAUAAUUGGCAUGGGCGUUGGCGCCGAUGCAGGCUUAGAGAAACUAGGAAUCUUUGUGAAAACCAUAACCGAUAACGGAGCAGCAGCCCGGGACGGUCGCAUUCAGGUCAACGAUCAGAUCAUUGAGGUGGACGGCAAGAGUCUCGUGGGCGUCACACAGGCAUAUGCAGCUUCGGUGCUGCGCAAUACUUCCGGUCUAGUCAAAUUCCAAAUCGGACGCGAACGCGAUCCUGAAAACUCUGAGGUAGCCCAGCUCAUACGACUGAGUUUGCAGGCCGAUCGCGAGAAGGAGGAGCGCUUAAAGCGUUAUUUUAGCCAACAAGAGGAGUACCUGCGACGCACCCUCGACUAUUCCGAGGACUCCACCCAGCCGGUUUCGGCCAAUUCGAGUGUCUGCGAGGGACCCUCGAGUCCCGUCCAAGUGGAACAUCCCAUGGAGGUGGAGGCCACCCAUUCGCAGGAGGUAGAGUCGCUCAAGCGGCUGCUACAGGAGCACAAAGCGAGCGAAAUGGGUUGUCUGGUAAAGGAAGAGAUUAUUCAAAACCUAAAACGAAAGCUGGUUAAGCUCGAGACGACGGGAAAUGAGAACGAGCUGCUCAGUGAGCGGCUCCGGCAGAGUGAGCGGGAGCUGGGAAACAUCCGGAAGGAGGCGGCCAAUCUGCAGAACAUGCUGCAACAGUCGCAGGGCCAGUACAUGGCGCUGGACAAGAAGUACAACAAGGCCAAGCGGCUGGUCCGGGAGUACCAGCAGCGGGAGCUGGACAUGUGCCAUCGCGAGGAGUUCUACCAGCAGCUCCUCCAAGAGAAGGACACCGAGUACAAUGCGCUGGUGAAGAAGCUUAAGGAUCGGGUGAUCAAUCUGGAGCACGAGCUGCAGGAGACGCAGCGAAAGGCUGGCUUCCCCGUGGGCCUGCCCUACGAUAGUGCCACCCUGAAGCUGACUCCCCAGAUGAUGCGCAAGACUCCGCCAAAGCCGCUCUUCCAUAAGCUGGAGACGGAGCUGUCGGACACGGAGAUCUCCGAUCUCUCACCCGACGGUGAUGGUGUGAAGACAGCCACUGUGGAGCGAAAGGUUCCGGUCAAGGACGAACUGGAUGCGGCAGUGCCGCAGCACGAGCUGCUGGAUAACUCGGUUAACAAGACCAAAAUUGAUCUGGCCUCCCGUGGUGGUUUAGCCAAUCGCCAGUUGCCCUCAGCCAAUGGAAACAGUAACCCUUCGAACGGAGCCGCCGUCGAUCUUGGCCAGCUUUCGAACGGGAAUCUCCUCAAGCGCAGCCGGAGCAACAGUCGCAGUUCGGAUUGCACCCUGGACGACACGGAUGAGGAGGAGGAGCGUGAGGGAUCGGCCUUGAAUCUGGCCGGUGCUCCUGCCACUCACGAAACCAUCAGCCUAUCCAAUGGCAACUCUCAUCUGCUGGCCAACGUGAAUAAUCUGCUCCAGCAUCAUCCGCCGGCAAUGGCCAGUGUGGUCACCACACCCUCGAAUGGCCACCUGGGCACCACAACGGCCAUACUGCUGAACUCCACCUCCUCCGCCUCGUCCAGUUCAUCCAACCAGUCGACGGCAAGGGAGGCACAAAUCAAUCAGCUGUAUGCCCAGGUCCACAAGGAUCCCAGCAAGCAGCAGCAUCAGCAGCAGCAGCAGCAACAACAGCAGCAGCAGCAGGCGGCCCAGGCAGUGACCACCAGUAUUCCCAGCAUUUUCAAGAACUCCUUGGGUUCUCCGGCGGACAAUGGGCUGAACGACUUCCAUCGCGGCAGUAUGACCACCUUUGGACAGGGCCCAGCCACCAGCAGCAACCGUGAUCUCAACAGCUCGUACGACUCCAUCCUGGGCUCCAACGAUAAGCUGGCGGAGAACGAGCCGGCGGAGAGUUGGAUGUAUCCCUCCAGGAGGCGGGUGGCGCCAAAUGGCAGCAAGGUUCCACUGCCCGGAUCCAGCUUUACGGAUCAACUCAACCAGGCGCUGUCCGAUCGCGAGAGGCGACUCGGCGAUGGAUCCUCGCGACAUUCCAGCGACGAUUACACGGAGAUUAACAAGAGCCAGAGCGCCGCGGCCAUCAACUGCAAGACGCUGAUCAACGAGAUCCGCCAGGCGGUGAACGAAGCACAGCCCAAAGUUAAACAAGUCGUUCCACAAUCACUCUCCCCGCCCGGCACAGUGCCCUGGCAGCAGCAGCACCACCAGCAGAUCCAGCAGCAGCCGUCCGCCCACACCACCGGUCCUCCGUCGCCCACCAGCAUGUCCUCCGGCUGCUCCUCGCCAGGAUACUCCCCCAGCCGCACCCUGGAUCUGUCCGGAUCCAGUUCUAGUUUCUCCGAUCGCAAGGCGGUUGCAGCUGGCUACACCUACAAGGGUGGCCCCGUUCACGAAUGGACCAAGGAUCAGGUGGGCCACUGGCUGAUGGGCAUCGAGCUGGAGCGCUACAUCCCAGUCUUCAAGGAGCACAACGUAGAGGGCGGCGCCCUGCUUACCCUGGACUCAAAGGACUUCAAAACCCUGGGCGUUUGCGGCGACGACAAGCACCGGCUGAAGAAGCGCCUGAAGGACCUGAAGGCCAACAUCGAGAAGGAGCGCAAGGACAUGGAGCGGGAGAGACGCGAGCGCGAGAAGGCCAUAAGGAAGGCCGAGAAGAAGGCGGCCAAAAAGAAGUAGUUGAAUUCUAGUUGAUAAGCAUCAAAGUAGCCAAAAACCAAAAGCAUACGCAGUAUAUAUUGUAGUCUAUAUAUAUAUAUAUAUGCAUACACAACACACACAAGAAACAAAAAUGAAAAUGAAAAAAACAAGUGCGUAUAUAAAAACAUAUAUCUCUUCGGUUAUAUAUUUAUAUGCAAGUAAUGAUAAUAUAAUUUAUUUGUACAACACACAUCUAUUAUACAUACGUACUACAUUUUAACCUAUCGAACCUAAUGGCAACUAGACGUAAUUAUUCUAAAAGAAAGCAAGGAAAGCAGCAAGUAGAAGGUCAGGAGCGUUAGAGUAGCAGUAGAUCUCGGUUAGAAUUGAAACCCCGAAACCCUGACUCAAACCGGGCCCAACAUCCAACCGAUGGCACUCAGACUUCCCCGACAAAAACCGAACUCACAACCAAAAGAAGAAGCUAAGUAACUAACAAAAAAGGCGUUGGACUGACUGAUUUUUAUGAUUAAUUUAAAAGCAAAACAAAAAAAAUAAACGAAAAAAAAACAAACGAAAGGAAUUCUUUUUUAAAAGCCAACCAAAACCAAAAAAGAACCACUUGAAUUGAGAAUGCAAACGAAAGCGUAGAACACUUAAGGAAUUCGCUGAACAGACUUGAACGGUUUAAGAACUGCAUCAAAUAAAACGCAGAUUAUAAAGAUAAUAUUGUAAUAACGUUUAAGUUAACGCAAGAAAGCACCCGAGGGAGUGUCUCUUUUUUUCUAAUUAUUAAUCUGUGUAAUUUAAUGACUAGCGCAUAUUCAAUAUUCAAUUCUAGAUAUAUAUGUGUGUGCAACAGUAAUUUGUCAAGACAUCUAUGAAAUGUACUGUACUAUCCCCCUAAAAUUAAUGCUAAAGUAUUGUACUGUAUGCUAUGCCUGAAAGUCAUUUAAGUACUUAAGUAGAGAAGCUAGUGGAAGUGUGUGUUUUCUGUUACCAAGCGAGCUGCUGGGAAAGUUAUUGACUGUGAGAUAUAGUAAAGAUUGUAUAUCUUGUGCCCAAGACGUGUCGCUUUCUUUUCGAGCAGCUUUAGCAGCCAAAUCAAUGCAAAAUGUCCACCCAAAUUUGUUAAGCAGCCAAAAAACAAAAGAAAGCAAGCUUCAAGAGCGAUUUCUAUUCGUUAGCUAGUAUGUCUGUGUGAAUGGGCGUGACUGUACCUUUGUUUUUCACUUUGUUUUAACUUUGUAUAGAUAUAUUUAACGAACCUUUAGUAUUUGUAUUUCAUAUUCUUAGUUGUUUGUAUUUGUAUUUACUUUGUGUACUUGUGUUGUGUACGUAGUUUUAUUUACCUUAUAAUUUCGAAAUGUUGCAAUAAAACCGCGUGCAUAUGCCGGUGUAUGUAUGAUAAA